ACUUUGACUAUGGAAACAGAGGCUAUUGAUGGCUAUAUAACAUGUGACAAUGAGCUUUCACCUGAAAGGGAGCACUCCAGUAUGGCAAUUGACCUCACCUCAAGCACACCCAAUGGACAGCAUGCCUCACCAAGUCACAUGACAAGCACAAAUUCAGUAAAGCUAGAAAUGCAGAGUGAUGAAGAGUGUGACAGGAAACCCCUGAGCCGCGAAGACGAGAUCAGGGGCCAUGAUGAGGGUAGCAGCCUAGAAGAACCCCUAAUUGAAAGCAGCGAGGUGGCAGACAACAGGAAAGUCCAGGAGCUUCAAGGCGAGGGAGGAAUCCGGCUUCCGAAUGGUAAACUGAAAUGUGACGUCUGUGGCAUGGUUUGCAUUGGGCCCAAUGUGCUUAUGGUACAUAAAAGGAGUCACACUGGUGAACGUCCCUUCCAUUGUAACCAGUGUGGAGCUUCUUUUACUCAGAAGGGCAACCUUUUGAGACACAUAAAGUUACACUCUGGAGAGAAGCCGUUCAAAUGUCCUUUCUGUAGCUAUGCCUGUAGAAGGAGGGACGCCCUCACAGGACACCUCAGGACCCACUCUGUGGGUAAACCUCACAAGUGCAACUACUGUGGACGAAGCUACAAGCAGCGCAGUUCACUGGAGGAGCACAAGGAACGCUGCCACAACUAUCUCCAGAAUGUCAGCAUGGAGGCUGCCGGCCAGGUCAUGAGUCACCAUGUACCUCCUAUGGAAGAUUGUAAGGAACAAGAGCCUAUUAUGGACAACAAUAUUUCUCUGGUGCCUUUUGAGAGACCUGCUGUCAUAGAGAAGCUCACAGGGAAUAUGGGAAAACGUAAAAGCUCCACUCCACAAAAGUUUGUGGGGGAAAAGCUCAUGCGAUUCAGCUACCCAGACAUUCACUUUGACAUGAACUUAACAUAUGAGAAGGAGGCUGAGCUGAUGCAGUCUCAUAUGAUGGACCAAGCCAUCAACAAUGCAAUCACCUACCUUGGAGCUGAGGCCCUUCACCCUCUGAUGCAGCACCCACCAAGCACAAUCGCUGAGGUGGCCCCAGUUAUAAGCUCAGCUUAUUCUCAGGUCUAUCAUCCAAAUAGGAUAGAAAGACCCAUUAGCAGGGAAACCUCCGAUAGUCAUGAAAACAACAUGGAUGGCCCUAUCUCUCUCAUCAGACCAAAGAGUCGACCCCAGGAAAGAGAGGCCUCUCCCAGCAAUAGCUGCCUAGAUUCUACUGACUCAGAAAGCAGCCAUGAUGACCACCAGUCCUACCAAGGAAACCCAGCCUUAAAUCCCAAGAGGAAACAAAGCCCAGCUUACAUGAAGGAGGACGUCAAGGCUUUGGAUACCACCAAGGCUCCUAAGGGCUCGCUGAAGGACAUCUACAAGGUCUUUAAUGGAGAAGGAGAACAGAUUAGGGCCUUCAAGUGUGAGCACUGUCGAGUCCUUUUCCUAGACCAUGUCAUGUACACCAUUCACAUGGGUUGCCAUGGCUACCGGGACCCACUGGAAUGCAACAUCUGUGGCUACAGAAGCCAGGACCGUUAUGAGUUUUCAUCACACAUUGUUCGAGGGGAGCACACAUUCCACUAG